AGGGGGAGGAGGCGGGGCGCGGUCAGCAAGGCCCCACGACCCCGCGCUGCGCGGUGGAGGGCGCACUUGAUUGACAGGCGGCGGCAGCGCUGUGGCGACUGCAGGUGAGCCUAGGCCAUGAUGGGGGAUACCAGGGACCUCUGCCCUCACCUGGACUCCAUCGGGGAGGUGACCAAAGAGGACCUGCUGCUCAAGUCGAAGGGGACCUGCCAGUCCUGCGGUGUCUCGGGGCCCAACCUGUGGGCCUGUCUGCAGGUUGCCUGUCCCUACGUUGGCUGCGGAGAGUCCUUUGCUGACCACAGCACCCUCCACGCACAGGCGAAGAAGCACAACCUGACGGUGAACCUGACCACCUUCCGGGUGUGGUGCUACGCGUGCGAGCGUGAGGUCUUCUUGGACCAGCGGUUGGCCCCGGCCAGGUUCCCUGAGCAGGACUCCCCGCCACCCUCCCACCCCCUGAAAGCUGUCCCUGUUGCCGUGGCCGACGAGGGGGAGUCGGAGUCCGAAGACGAUGGCCUGAAACCUCGAGGCCUCACUGGCAUGAAGAACCUCGGCAACUCCUGCUACAUGAACGCUGCCCUGCAGGCCCUGUCCAACUGCCCCCCGCUGACCCAGUUCUUCCUGGAGUGUGGCGGCCUGGUGCGCACGGACAAGAAGCCAGCCCUGUGCAAAAGCUACCAGAAGCUGGUGUCCGAGGUCUGGCAUAAGAAGCGGCCGAGCUACGUGGUCCCCACCAGCCUGUCUCAUGGGAUCAAGUUAGUGAACCCGAUGUUCCGUGGCUAUGCCCAGCAGGACACCCAGGAGUUCCUACGCUGCCUCAUGGACCAGCUGCAUGAGGAGCUCAAGGAGCCCGCGGUGGCGGCCGUGGCGGCGCUGAGUGAGGCCCGGGACUCGGACUCGAGCGACGUGGACGAGAAGCGGGAGGGUGACCGCAGCCCCUCGGAGGAUGAGUUCCUGUCCUGUGACUCGAGCAGCGACCGGGGUGAGGGCGACGGGCAGGCCCGCGGUGGGGGCGCACAGGCCGAGGCCGAGCUGCUGGUGGCGGAGGAGGCCGGCCGCGCCAUCUCGGAGAAGGAGCGGCUGAAGGACCGCAAGUGCGCCUGGGGCCGGCAGCGCAGCAGCUCGGAGCAGCUGGAUGAGGACGCCGACGUGGACACCGCCCUGGCCGGGCAGCCCACCGAGGCUCCGCCACUGUCCCCGAGGCCCAGGAGCCCCUGCCGGACACCAGAGCCCGACAACGACGCCCACAUCCGCAGCCCCUCUCGCCCCUGCAGCCCCGUCCACCUCCACGAGGGCCACGCCAAGCUGCCCGGCAGUGCCCCUCGCUCCAGCCCGGCGCGCAUGGGGUCGUCCUAUGUCCUCAAGAAAGCUCAGGCCUCGGGCAGCCGGAGGCGGAAGGAGCAGCGCUACCGCAGCGUCAUCUCGGACAUCUUCGACGGCUCCAUCCUCAGCCUGGUGCAGUGUCUCACCUGCGACCGGGUGUCCACCACGGUGGAGACGUUCCAGGACCUGUCGCUGCCCAUUCCCGGCAAGGAGGACCUAGCCAAGCUGCACUCGGCCAUCUACCAGAACGUGCCCGCCAAGCCGGGAGCCUGCGGGGACAGCUACACGGCCCAGGGCUGGCUGGCCUUCAUCGUGGAGUACAUACGGCGGUUCGUGAUCUCCUGCACCCCCAGCUGGUUUUGGGGGCCCGUGGUCACCCUGGAAGACUGCCUGGCCGCCUUUUUCGCAGCUGAUGAGCUGAAAGGUGACAACAUGUACAGCUGUGAGCGGUGUAAGAAGCUGCGGAACGGCGUGAAGUACUGCAAGGUCCUGCGGCUGCCCGAGAUCCUGUGCAUCCACCUGAAGCGCUUCCGGCACGAGGUGACCUACUCCUUCAAAGUCAGCAGCCACGUGUCCUUCCCCCUCGAGGGCCUCGACCUGCGCCCCUUCCUGGCCAAGGAGUGCGCAUCCCAGAUCACGACCUACGACCUCCUCUCCGUCAUAUGCCACCACGGCACGGCAGGCAGCGGGCACUACAUCGCUUACUGCCAGAAUGUCAUCAACGGGCAGUGGUACGAGUUCGAUGACCAGUACGUCACCGAGGUGCACGAGACGGUGGUGCAGAACGCCGAGGCCUACGUGCUCUUCUACAGGAAGAGCAGCGAGGAGGCCGUGCGCGAGCGGCAGCAGGUGGUGUCGCUGGCCGCCAUGCGCGAGCCCGGCCUGCUGCGCUUCUACGUGUCCCGCGAGUGGCUGAACAAGUUCAACACCUUCGCGGAACCGGGGCCCAUCACCAACCACACCUUCCUCUGCGCCCAUGGAGGCAUCCCGCCCAACAAGUACCACUACAUCGAUGACCUGGUGGUCAUCCUGCCGCAGAACGUCUGGGAGCACCUGUACAACAGGUUUGGUGGUGGCCCUGCCGUGAACCACCUCUACGUGUGCUCCGUCUGCCAGGUGGAGAUCGAGGCGCUGGCCAGGCGCAGGAAGGUGGAGAUCGACACCUUCAUCAAGCUGAACAAGGCCUUCCAGGCUGAGGAGUCGCCAGGCGUCAUCUACUGCAUCAGCAUGCAGUGGUUCCGAGAAUGGGAGGCCUUUGUCAAGGGCAAGGACAGCGAGCCUCCGGGGCCCAUCGACAACAGCAGGAUCGCACAGGUCAAGGGCAGCGGGCACGUGCAGCUGAAGCCAGGGGCCGACUAUGGGCAGAUCUCCGAGGAGACUUGGGCCUACCUGAGCCAUCUGUACGGCGGUGGCCCGGAGAUUGCCAUCCGGCAGAGCUCGCUGCAGCCCCCGGACCCCGAGAGCCUGCAUGGCGAGCAGAAGAUAGAGGCCGAGACCCGUGCUGUGUGAGGGCCAGGCCAUCUGAGCACCUGCCUUCCCACGGAGGCAUUCGAGGCCGGGCAGGGGUGGUAGCAAGUGGUGCCAGCCUCCCCGGGAAAUGCACCCACUUCCGCUGUGGCAUUGGCCAGGACGCGGGGUGCCGGUCCAGGUCUUUGUCCUGGCGGUGCCCACAUCGGUCACUGCCAUGUCACUGUCGUGGGCAUCGGCUCCACAGCCUUCUGCUAGGUCAGGCCCGGCUCCCAUCCCUGGAGCCCACUGCCGCCCCCCAGGCAGAGCCUGGUGCUGGGGACUGAGGGGCAGGAGCAGCUGCCAUCCCCAGGCUGUCCCAGUGCUGGCCGCACCUGGCACCACUUGUGAGCAGAGGGGCCCUGUGGGUCCUCCUGCCUGUCACCGCCUGCAGGUGUCAUCAGAGGCCCCAGCGUCCCUCCUGCUGGGCCGAGCCUGUCCUGCAGCUGCAGACCUGGGCUCCGUGGGGUUGGGCCAGGAGGGGCAGCCUCUGCAUCCUGCUGGGCCUGGAAGCAGCGUCACCCAGGGACCGAUCAGCUGGUGGUGUAGAAGGACCUUGUGCUUGUGGGCGGCCUGGUGCGGCUGUGUCCCUUUCCCCACCCGCCCUAGGGAGGGCACAGGCCACCUGGCCACUCACCCUGCACACGCGGGUCCCACGAAGCGUGUUGUGGCCACACGAGUGCUGGACCGCAGAGCCCAGCCAGGCUGUUUGUGGGACCUGACGGUUGGAGCUGCAGUGCCGGGACCAAGCCCCAAACCUGUGGGUGCCAGUGGGGACCGGGAGCAGUUGCCCCUGGGCCUGGUGAUGUCCCCACGCCGCCACCUGUGCUGCCGCCCUGUCACCGAGCUCUGGGCCACGCUGCCCUCUGCUGCAGCUGCUGUGUGGCCUGGCUGUGUGUGCAGUGUCACAAUAAACAGAUGUGCCCCCAC